AUGCACUCCAUAGCUCUUCUGUUCCCCGUGAUCGCCGAUGAGGCUGCCCCGGCUGUCGAGAAAGUGUUCCCGCCGAGCUCAGAUUGGGUUACAGUAACCACAUUCCCUCUGAUCUCAUAUGCCGUCGCCCGUCUGGCUGCCCGCAUAGUUGUGGGACCGGAACUCUGCGCCAAUGAUGAGUGGCUAAAUCUCUGCAUCACCAUGGUCAACACGUCCAUGCAAGCCGCGAAUGCUCUUCGUGGGUCAUGGCCAUCGUGGGCUCGCUGGGCCUCUCCCUACCUCUUCGAACCCAUUAAGAAGGUGCGAGCUGAGCAACGAAGAGCCGCUGAGAUCUUACGACCGGUGCUGGAAGCGCGCAGAUUGGCUGCUACCCAAGGGAUAGCGAAUGGGGACGGGAAGGGCAACAAAGAACCGCGAGUCCCGCAAUUCAACGAUGCCGUGCAGUGGCUAGAGAACUACUACCGCGGACGACGUCGCAAGUUGACACUUGAGGAGCUCGCCCAGCACGAGCUGUUCUACGCCAUUGCCACCAUUCACAGCAGCACGAUGGUCGCCCUGUCGGUACUGUACGAUCUAAUCGACGAGCGGAAUAAGGAUGCGCGUGAGGUCAUCAUAGACGAGAUCGAACAGACGCAGAGCAAAUAUGGGACCUGGACACGUGCCGCCCUCGGGAGCCUAGGGAAGCUGGAUAGCUUCAUGAAGGAGAGCCAGCGGCUCAACUUUGUCGGCCAUGCUCGACUCACGCGAGUAGCCAAAGUGGGGUAUACAUUCAAGGACGGGCUGUACGUGCCCAAGGGUACCAUGUUGCAGAUCUUGCACAGUGGUCAUCAGCUAGACCCGGAGUUCUACGACGAGCCGCUAUCGUUUGAUCCGUGGCGUUUCCUACGCAAGAGGCAGGUGGCUGGUGACGAGAAUAAGUUCCAGUUUGACAGCCUGUCCGAUAUCGAGACCCAGUUCGGUGCAGGCAUUCAUGCCUGUCCGGCUCGUAAUUCCGCGACGGCCUCUAUCAAGCUGAUCUUGAUCCUCCUGAUCACCCAGUACGACCUCAGGUUUGAAGGAGAGUCGCAGAGACGACCCCCCAAUAUUGGCCAUGACCACACUACCUUUCCCAACCCCGGGAUUCAGAUUCAGUAUCGGCUAAAGGCCAAGUCGGCGGUCUCCAAGUCCUGA